GGAAAACGCAGUCAGAAGGGCAGGCAAUACUCCCAGCGCGGCCAUGGGAGAGGACAAGGACAAGCCCGGAGAGUCAGGCCGCCCCAAAGCCAUCCUCAGCACCCGCAAGAGGCCACUGGAAGGAGAGCACAGCUCUGGACGGGUGAGCUGGGACGAGGCGAACCUGGCGGAACACGACAAGGAGCGUGGCACCAGGCGGAAGAUCGAUGAGCCCCCCACCCCCUGGGCGUGCAGCCCAGUCUCCGACGAGGAGGAGGCGCACGAGCCGCAGGCGCAGGCAGUGAGCGCCGAAGCGCUGAACGCCCGCUUGGAGGAGCUCGCAAAAGAGAAAGAGGCAAGCCCGCCUCAAGCGAGGGAGCGAAGUCGGAGUCCCAAAAGCCCGGGGGGCAUAUCCUGGGCCAACGCAGGCCCAACAAAGACUUCCUCUGCCGCCUUCAAGGCGAAGCGCGCUGCUCACUACAAUGAGUUCCGCGUCCUGCAGGCAACUCGCGAAAGGCAACUCCUGACGGCAAAUGCUGGCGGUUUUAGAUUCCUAUGUGCCUGGCAUUUGUGCCAAAGCUCCAGGGAUUACGAGGGCGGGGCUCGUCUAAACAGCCCUUGAUGGCUUUGUGCGGCACUGAAUGUGGUCAAGGGCGUGUCCGACUCGAGGUUUGUCA